GAACUGGUGGGUUGUCUUUAUUUGGCUGCUAAAUUAAUUUAGCUGUCUGUGUUAGAACCAGUCAUAUUUAUGAUUAGGAUGGCGGCAUAAUUUCCAUGUGCGGCUAAGUAAGGCAUGUUACAUACUUCUAGUUGAGCUGAAAUAAUGUAUAAAUGGUUGGUGGUGUUAAGAAACACAAGUAUAUGCAGCCAUGGCUACAGCUUGGUCUAGAGAUCAUUCUGCUGCUUUAAACUAUAGGAGAAAGGUCGUCUCUUCUAUCGCGAUUUCAGUUGUGCUAAUUACAGUAUUCAUAACAUGGGAUUCUUGGGUCUUGAUAUUGUCGCGCCCCAGUUCCUCUGUUAUUUCUAACUAUCUUUAUGGGGUUGAAGAACCUACCGGAGUUUCUCGCUCGAUUGUUCCUCAGCAGAGCUUGCAGGUCGACAAAUUUGAUAGUGAUGAUGAGUCGAUGGUAGAAGUAGGUGAAGUGGUUCAAAAUGAUCAGAAUUCAAACGAUGACAGUUCAGAAUGUGAUCUGUACAGUGGGGAAUGGUACUACGAUUCAUUGGGACCAUUGUACACGAACAACAGUUGCCCUGUCCUCACUCAGAACCAAAAUUGUCAAGGAAAUGGGAGGCCUGACAAAGAGUACGAGAAUUGGAGAUGGAAACCAUAUAAUUGCCAACUACCUAGAUUUAACGCUUCCAAGUUCUUCGAGUUGAUGAGCGGAAAGACUAUUACUUUUGUCGGUGAUUCUGUGGCUCGUAAUCAAAUGGAGUCGCUUCUGUGUAUACUAUGGCAGGUUGAAACACCGAUUAAUAAAGGAAACAAGCGUAUGCAACGCUGGGUUUUCAGAUCCAAAUCAAUAACAAUACUUCGAUUUUGGUCAGCAUGGCUUGUACAUCACACGACAGAGCCUUUCGGGGAUCUUCCUGAGGACAUAAUCAAAAUGCACCUUGAUGUUCCAGAUGAUAGCUUCAUGGAAUACGCCUCAAAAUCCCAUGUGGUUGUCUUUUCGAAUGGUCAUUGGUUCCCUAAACGAUCUGUGUAUUUCUUGAAAGACGAGAUUGUUGGAGGGCAGUUGUGGACCCCACCUGACAAUCGUCCACUAAACAUAACCACCACUGAAGCCUUUGAACUAUCAACUGAGACUACCUUAACUGCUAUGGCUACUCAUCCUAACUACUCUGGGUUAACCAUUGUUACGAGUUAUUCACCUGAUCAUUAUGAGAACGGUGCAUGGAAUACAGGUGGAUCAUGUACAGGGAAAGUCAGGCCAUUGGAUAAAAUAGUCGAAUACGAGUACACAAAUCAGAUGUACGACAAACAAGCAACAGGAUUCUACAAGGCUAGUAAGAAAAUAACUAACAAAUCAAAAAUGAAAUUGAUGGAUAUUACAGAAGCUUUCAAGUACCGUCAUGAUGGUCAUCCGGGUCCAUAUCGGAGCCCUGACCCGAAUAAAAUAACAAAGAGGGGUCCAGAUGGACGUCCACCACCACAAGAUUGCUUGCAUUGGUGUAUGCCGGGUGCGGUUGAUACUUGGAAUGAAAUUAUGUUAGAAAUCAUUAGACGAGAAUUCGAGGUCACCCAACACUCUGCUAGCUAGUUAAUUUAACCUGUAAUUGAUGUCAUUUGUAUGUUUUUACCAUUGGAUUUAUUUUUGUAGCAACUCUGUUAUAAUCAAUUUUACUGAUGCCACGAAAUUCAGAAAGCUUGUAAUUCUCAAUACUCUGAAUGUUCAGCAAUGAAAAUUAUAUUACAUGUACUUAAUUGGCUAAUGCAAUAUAUUAGUAUAAGAUGGGUUUAACACAUAUCUUAGCAUGUGUACA